AUGGGUUCCGGAUCUUCAAAACCUGCUACGGCACCUACAUCGCACGUAUGGACGAGUGAUACACCCGUCCGGUUCUCCCCAGAUCUCGUCGAUUCUCUGCAAAACAGCCCAGAGUCCGAUUCCACACGCGCCAAAACGCUCGAACUCCACAUCCAAUCGCGCGUCGCCGAGGAGCUCAAAAAACUGCAAUCGCGCGCCUCGGCCGAUUUCGAAGACACCAUCUCCAAGAUCUCAGCGCCGGAACCAAAGAAAGACGGUAAAUCCGCGGGCGACACGCUCCGGGAUCUGGGUAGGGAGGCGGUGCAGAAUGAUGUGUCGGAGCUGCGGAAGAAACUGGAAUCUAGGAAGAAGUUGAGUGAGGUGGAUGAGGGCGUGGAGAAGGCGAAGGGGGAGGUGGUUAGGUGUUUGAGGGAUAAUGAUCGGAGACCGUUGGAUUGUUGGAGGGAGGUUGAGACGUUUAAGGCGGAGGUUAGGAGGUUGGAGGAGAGUUGGGUGGAGAAGGUUGUUAGGUAG